UGUUAUUUGUACAUGUACACAAUCCCUCACAGAUGGACAUGGACUUCAUUGCAAAAAACUCAAUUUUCACACAUAUGGCGUGUUAGUUGAUCUUGCACUCGAGUCUUUUCAUGUGACUGAAAUGGCUGAGGCAGUAGUCUCUUUUGCUGUGGAAAGACUUGGAGAGUUGUUGAUCUCUGAAGCUAAACAUUUGCUUGGAGUAGAGAAGGAGAUCAAGUAUAUUCAAGAUGAGCUGGUACCAAUGAAAGGUUUAUUAAAAGAGGCUGAUAAGAAACAAAAUCGAGAUGAAACAGUACGAAAGUGCGUGUUAAAAAUGAGAGAACUUGCAUUUAAGAUAGAAGAUGUUGUUGAGACUUUUGCACUGGAAGUCAGGGCCAAGCAGCAAAUAUCAGGCUUCAUGGCGACAUUACUUAGAAUUGCUUGCAUCUUGGAUGAAUGGGUAAGGCGUCAUAAUAUUGCUACGGAGAUCAAUGAUAUAAAAGAUGAAAUACAUCAUCUCUUUGAGAUUCUCCAAAAAUGUGGUGUUAUUGAGAGUUUAAAAGGAGAAAACUCGCGUUCAUUGGUCGAUCUGAAAAGCCGGAGAACCUAUUCUCAUGAUGUCGAAAGAGAUUUUGUUGGAAUGGAGAAUGAAAUAGAGCAGCUGAUCUCUCAUCUGAAGAAUAAAGACAAUGGUUGUGAAGUCGUCUCAAUUUGUGGAAUGGGAGGUUUAGGAAAAACUACCCUGGCUAAAAAACUUUAUAAUCAUGUUGAAAUUAAAGCUCAUUUCGAAGCUUUUGCUUGGGUUUGUAUCACUCAACAAUUUGAAAAGGAAAAAGUUUUCAAAGGACUCCUUAAACAACUUCUCCCAGCCACAGAUGUUUCGAAGAUGGACGAUGCAAAAGUUGUAAAAGAACUCUAUAAAGUUCAACAAGGAAAGAACUGCUUAAUUGUCAUUGAUGACAUUUGGAGUGUCAAAUCUUGGGUAGACAUCAGCGCUGCAUUUCCAGUUCAAGACACUACUGGUAAUAGCAAAAUCUUACUCACAACUCGUAAUGAAAUUGUGGCAAAAAAGAGCGAAGGUUCCAUUUAUAAAAUCCAGGGAUUGACUGAAGAGCAAGGCUGGCAACUACUUUCUAAGAAAGCAGGAAUAUCAAGAGACCCUUCAGCAAAAGGAGAGAUGGAAGAAAUAGGAAGGAACAUGGUUAAGAGAUGCAGAGGUUUACCACUAGCUAUUUCAACAUUAGGGGGACUUCUUAAGGGCGAGUUGUUGAGUGAGUGGGAGAGAAUAAACCGAAAUAUUUCAUCUUACUUAUCCAGGGGUGAGAGUGUAGCUGAUGAGUACGGCAGUGUGAAAUGGGUUUUAGGAAUGAGUUAUGACAGUUUACUUCCUCAUCUGAGACAUUGUUUUCUCUGUUUUGCAAAUUAUAAGGAGGAUGAAAUAAUUGAUACCAUGGGACUCUAUAUGCAUUGGAUUGCACAAGGUUUGAUUCGCGUUGAAGAUAAAAGGGAAGGGGAGAUGAUGUUGGAUGUAGCCGAACGCUAUCUGGAUGAAUUAGUAUAUCGAAGUCUGGUUCAAAUCGAACCAAUUACAAUAGAAGAAGAAGGAGAGUUCUGGCUCAAGUACAACAAAUGCCGUGUUCAUGAUCUUAUCCUGGACUUAUGCCGGUCCAAAGCCCAGGAGGAAAAUUUCACCAAUUUGAUUACUGAUUUACGGGACCCACCUGACCCUAAACUGAAACCAAGCAUAACACGCAGAUUGUGUAUCCAUUCAGAUGGUGAUGAUGUGGAUUUGUCGAUGUUAGCAAAUCAUGAUGAACAUAUAAUGUCACUUGUUCGAUAUCUUCUGUUUUUCAACCAUUAUAAGGACUGCUGGCCGCUACCCAAAAUACUAGGUCUGGAAACAUUAAAGCUGCUGCGAGUUUUAACAGCGGGUGGGUACAAAUUUAGCAAGCAGGAUAUGACAAGCAUAUCAGAGCUUAUCUACUUGAAAUAUUUGUGUUUAUGCAACUGUUAUGUUGAAGAGAUUCCCACAUCGUUUGGUAACCUGACAAAUUUGGAAACACUUGAUCUAAGAGUGAAUGCUUGUGUUAUAAUACCAAAUUUUUUAUGCAAACUAGAACACUUAAAGCGCUUGUACCUUCCACAAUGUUGUCUUGUAGCGGAGAAGUUGAGACUUGAAGGAUUAGAUGAUCUAGAACUGCUAUACAACUAUAACUCAGAGUAUUGUGAUUCAAAGGAUCUCAUUCAACUACGUAGGCUCAAAGUUUUCGAUGCAGAACUUUCUAAUGGACGAGUAGUUGAAGAGAAUAUUAUUCAUUUCAUAAAACACAGGGAAUGGCGCUACUCGUCUAUUACUAUUAUGGGAGGAGUGCUCUGUUUGGUUUAUUUGUUAGAAUGUCGUUUUAUUGAUUUUAUGAGAAUACAAACCCGUAUAUGCAAGCUUCCAAAGGAGUAUGACCACACUCACUUCUCUCGGCGUCUCAGAUUUCUAAAUUUGGCCUUUUGCGAAAUGGAAGAAGACCCAAUGAUAGUACUAGAGAAACUACCCAACUUGCACAGUCUAGAAAUUCUUCUGAAGGCGUAUUUGGGAGAAGAGAUGGUAUGUUCAGCUACCGGAUUUCCAGAACUCAUGAGUUUAUAUCUCGGCCAGAUGGACUGCUUAAAGAAGUUGAGUCUUCAUCGAGGAACCAUGCCAAAAAUCAGGAAACUCCAUAUUUAUAAUUGUCGAAAGCUGGAGAUGAUUCCCGAAGAGCUAACGCACCUCACUACCUUGGAACACACUAAAAUAUGGUAAUGAUUGCACACUUUUUGUGCAAGGUGAUGUUUAUAUAGUUGCUUCGCUUUUCAGUUUCGGACAUGUGUCAUCAGGGACAUGUUUUUUUCCCUUGCUUUCAUGAAU